AUGGAUGUCGAGCUCUACGUUUAUGACCUUUCGAAGGGUCUUGCGCGUAUGUACUCUGUGGCCCUGACAGGGACUCAAAUGGAUGCGAUCUACCAUACGUCCAUCGUGGUUGGUGGUAUGGAGUAUUAUUUUGGUCAAGGGAUCCAGACCGCUCUUCCUGGAAGCACCCAUCACGGACAGCCCAUGGAGAGAAUACAUCUGGGGUCUACGGAGCUCCCAGCUGAUGUGAUAGAAGAGUAUCUUGGCUCCCUAGCAGAGAUUUAUACUCCAGAGUCCUAUGACCUGUUUCUUCACAACUGCAACAACUUUACCCAGGAUUUUGCUAUGUUUCUCGUGGGUAAGAGUAUCCCGGAGAAGAUUCGCAACCUGCCUAGCACAUUUUUGGAAACCCCAUUUGGACAGAUGAUGAAGCCCCAGAUCGAGGCCGCAUUGAAGGGGGUCACCCAAGGCGGUGGUGCAGGCCCAAUCCCUGGGCCAAGUGCUGCACCGCCGGUAUCGCGGCCUGCGCCUGUAACCCACGCGCCGCUUGGGAAGGUCCGCAUUGUUAGCAACCUAGGCCAGCUCGAGGGCGAGUUAGCUGCGGCGUCAAACUCCUGUGCAGUUAUCUUCUUCACCUCGUCCACUUGUCCACCAUGCAAGAUGGUCUAUCCGACGUAUGAUGAGCUGGCAGAAGAGGCCGGUGACAGGGCCAGGCUCAUCAAGGUCGACAUCGGGUCGGCUUAUGACGUGAGCAUGAAGUACGGCGUGCGCGCAACGCCGACAUUCAUGACUUUUCUGAAAGGCCAAAAACUCGAUGAGUGGUCGGGUGCCAACCCGGCACAGCUUCAAGGAAACGUGCGGAUGCUUUUCGAGAUGGCCCACCCAUCUCACCCUCAUAGACAGCUCCGAGUACCAAGUUUCCAACGACAAAUCACCAAUUUCGUUAUGUACAAGAAGGUUCCGCCAUUAGAGAAACUUGUGCAAAAAUUGCCAGCGGAAUUUAAAGAUGCCGCAGGCAUUGCACCAGUCAUAGACUUCGUCAAAACCCGCCAUUCCACGGAAAACAAAGCUCCUGCAGCGGAUACCAGAGUCCCAGAUCUCCACGCCUUUGCCACUGCUUUGCAGUCGACAUAUCCGACACUCCCAGCUGAAUGUCACUUUGCCGUCGUGGAUCUUGUCCGUCUCCUGUUUCUCGACCCACGCGUGAGUGGCUAUUUCGCCGAAGAGCCCCAACACGCCACCCUCCUUACUCUUCUCUCACCACUCUCAGGGGAGCUAUCAUCAACUCCUUACAACCUCCGCAUUGUUGCUCUGCAACUAGCCUGCAACCUAUUCAGCACCGCUUUAUACCCGCACCAGCUCGCCUCAACUUCCUCACCCUUACGAGAGACCUGCCUUGCACUCGCAACCAAUUCCCUCCUAGACUCACACGCAAACCUGCGCGUUGUAGCAGCUUCCUUUGCAUACAAUCUCGCUGCUUUCAAUCACAAUGCUCGAUUUGAUGGGAAACCGGACCCACUGCCUGACGCUGAUCAGGUUGAAUUGCUCGCCUCUUUGUUGGAAGCUACUUCGCGCGAGGACCAGAGCCCGGAGGCUUUGCAUGGUCUGCUGUUUGCGCUUGGGCUAUUUGUUUAUGAGGCUCAGCUUGAUGGGGAGGUCAUUGAUCUUUGUCGUGCGAUGGGUGUGACAGAGACCAUUGCGGCGAAGUCUAAAAUAGCGGCUUUGCAGAAGGAACCUCUUCUUAAAGAGGUGGGAGAAGAGCUUUUUGGGAAAGGGCUGUAG